CCAGGUCUCGUCUCUUUUUCCCCGAUCCCUUACUUGUAAUGAUUUCCAGGUGUAUGUAAUUUAUUUUGUCCCUAUUUAAAGUCCUUGUGUUUGAUGUUCAUUACACGUGCGUUUUGCUGUUGCCCUGUUCUAGUCCUGUGUUCCUGUAAGUUAUAUCUAAGAGUGUUUUGUGCCUAGUGUGAUCUUGUCUAGUUAUAUGUGUAGUUUAGUGUUAUAUUCAUCUUGUUCUGUUUUGCCCCCUCGUGGGUUUUGUUUUUCUGUUUUCUGUUUAAUAAAUCUUCAGUAUAUUCAUCCUUGGUCUGCAUCUGGGUUCAUCCAAUUCCUAAUUCCUCACAUUACGCACGUGUCACUACAGAACCCAGCGGACCAGGAUGAUUAUUUCACCAGGCAGCCAGAGGAGUCGGCAAGCUCACCAGCUUUUCAGCCUCCGACAGGAGGAGGCGGAUGUACGAUCCUUCGCUCUUGUGUUUCACGCGGCGGCUAGAGACUCUGGUUUCAAUGAAUCUGAAUUAAAGACUAUCUUUAACCGUUGUCUCAACGAACCUCUUACUCCCUCGGAGAUGAGGAUGCUCACACCCCUGGGCUUUGUGGAUCAGCUCCGGUACACGAUGAACCGGGAGGAGUCCAGGGGUUCCACCAGAGUCACUCAACCCGUUCCGCUGUCAUCCAUCCCGGAGGACCGAGCCGUUGGAGUACUAGCUUUUGGCGACCCGUGUGUUCCCCGUUCGACCCCAGAGAGCUCUCCUCCACCAGUGUCGCUUCGUGGGAAGCGUGAGAGGAGGAUCUCCUGGGAGUCAGCGUCUGGGGGGUCCUCCUCAGAGUCUGUCCUGCCCGCCACAGCGCUUUCGGCACUCUCUGCUCCGCGACCUAGGAGAAAGAAGAGGAAGAAGGGAGCUUCCUGUUCUCCGUCUUCUCCUGGGCCCACACCGACUUCUCAGUUGACUGAGAUCUCUGUCUCUGCACCAAAGCCACAGCUCUUGGUGCCAGCGCAGUCGCCGCAGCCGACAGAGCCAGCGCCGCAGCCAUCUGCGCAGCCACCGCUGCAGCCCCUGCCGUCUGCGCAGCCACCGCUGCAGCCCCUGCCGUCUGCGCAGCCACCGCUGCAGCCCCUGCCGUCUGCGCAGCCACCGCAGCAGCCCCUGCCGUCUGCGCAGCCACCGCUGCAGCCCCUGCCGUCUGCGCAGCCACCGCUGCAGCCCCUGCCGUCUGCGCAGCCACCGCUGCAGCCCCUGCCGUCUGCGCAGCCACCGCUGCAGCCCCUGCCGUCUGCGCAGCCACCGCUGCAGCCCCUGCCGUCUGCGCAGCCCCCUGUCUCGUGAUCCCUGUCUCGUCUCCGCUGCCGGCCGCAGCGCCCCCUGUCUUGGCUCCUGUGGCUACCCCUUUAUUGUCCAGAGACCCUGCCGUGUUUCCCAUUGUGUCUCCUGUCCUUCCCACCUCAAUCUUUCCUCAGUCUGCCCCCUCUGGACCUACCCCACCUACCAGGACCCCCAAGCCUGCUCGGACUCCUCGUCCCAAACCCUCUAGUUCCACCCCACCUGGACUUCCUAGUGUGAACUCUUUUGUUCCCCCACCCCCCCCUCCCUUGUUUGUUAUUUUUAUUGUCUCACCCCAAUCCUGUUCUUGUUAUUGCCUUGUUGCCCUUGUUAGUGUUUGUAAUGUUUUCAUGGUUUUUGUCUUGUAUUCAGUCUAUUAUGUCCCGUGUUUAGUGUUCCCUCUGAGGAGCGUCUAGUAGCCGCUCUUUAAGGGGAGGGUACUGUCAGGAUCCGUCAGAAUCAUGUCUUUUAUUAUAUCCAGUCUUUGUGUUCGGGGUCCUGGCAGUAUCAUGUUCUAUGUGGGAAAUGUGUGGUUUUUAGUAGUGUA